UGUAAGAAUCAUGGACUCUGUAUUUUACUAUAUCAAGGUGGGUUUGUUCAUUCAUGCGCGAUAACAUAAGCUUAUUAUAAAGUCAACUCAUACUUGGUGGUUUUAUAAAUUUUUCAAAGGUCACAUAUAGCAGAAUGGAACUAACUCUACGAUCUGCGGGUUAAAAGCAACGGCAACAAGCUCCACUCCAUGAGAGACAAGUAGCACUGUACCCACGAUUUAGGGCUUAGACUCCACUACAAGGAGAAGAAGAAAGAAAGUUUAUUAAAUACAUGUGCAUCACGUGUUCCAUACCUAUAGUGCUGAAGAAAGACCGGACAAGAAAAUAAAGGGGUAUUGAAAAAUGGCAGUACUACUUAAGUGUUACAGACCUGUGCUUUCUUUAAAUUCAAAUCCAGUUUUUGGUUCAAAAAAAAGAAUUGCACUUCAGAACUACCUUUGUAGAUAUACCAGUGAAAGAUCUUUCAGCGAGAAACUUUUAUUCAGAAAGAAGAACAGUAGUUUCAUCUUCCACCAGUGUAUCAGUUCUUUCUCUCCCCCUAAUCAAGCCUCUAUUAGUAGCAACAACAGUCCGAAACAAGAUGUCUCCAAGUCAGACCUCUGGAUAUACAACACCAUGACUAGACAGAAGGAGCUCUUUAAACCCAAGGUUCCUGGUCAAGUCGGGAUGUACGUUUGUGGUGUCACUUCUUACGAUCUCAGUCACAUUGGUCAUGCUCGUGUCUAUGUCUCUUUUGAUGUGCUUUUCAGAUAUCUAAGAUACUUAGAGUAUGAAGUCUGUUAUGUACGCAACUUCACGGACGUAGAUGACAAGAUAAUUGCUAGAGCAAAUGAAUUGGGAGAAGAUCCGUUGAGAUUAAGCAGACGUUACUGUGAUGAAUUUCAUUAUGAUAUGGAGUAUCUUCACUGUCUACCUCCUACCAUGGAACCGUAUGUCUCGGAUCACAUGGUCCAAAUCAUUGAUAUGAUUAAGAAGAUUCUUGAUAAUGGUUGUGCCUAUAGAGUUGAUGGGGACGUAUACUUUUCUGUAGAGCAAUUCCCAAACUAUGGACAACUAUCGGGGAGGAAACUAGAGGAUAAUAGAGCAGGUGAACGAGUUGCUGUUGACUCAAGAAAGAAAAAUCCUGCGGACUUUGCUUUGUGGAAAUCUGCGAAAGAAGGUGAGCCGUUUUGGGAGAGUCCAUGGGGCCCUGGAAGACCAGGAUGGCAUAUCGAGUGCAGUGCGAUGAGUGCUGCAUAUUUGGGCCAUACUUUUGAUAUUCAUGGUGGAGGGAUGGACCUUGUAUUCCCCCACCACGAAAAUGAAAUUGCUCAGAGUUGUGCUGCCUGUGACAAGAGCAAUAUAAGUUACUGGAUGCACAAUGGUUUUGUUACUGUUGAUUCUGAGAAAAUGUCCAAGUCACUGGGGAAUUUCUUCACAAUUCGGGAGGUAAUAGAUCUCUACCAUCCACUUGCUUUGAGGAUUUUCUUGAUGGGGACACAUUACCGAUCUCCAAUUAAUUACUCGGAAAUGCUUCUUGAAAGUGCCUCCGACCGAGCUUUCUACAUAUACCAGACACUGCACGACUCUGAAGCACUCAUGAAGCAACAGCCUAUAACAAGCCUGACAAACCCCAUUCCAGAUGAUACUGCAAGUUGCAUUGACAAAUUCCGUAACGAUUUCAAGAAUUCUAUGUCCGAUGAUCUCCACACUCCUGUUGUCUUGGCUGCCCUCUACGAUCCACUGAAAUACAUGAAUGAUCUCCUGCAUACUCGCAAAGGAAAGAAGCGGCAAAAACGGAUUGAAUCACUCUCAGCUUUAGAAAAGGAAAUCAGGAGUGUUUUAGCUGUUCUCGGAUUGAUGCCUGCAAGUUAUUCGGAGGUUUUGCAGCAGUUGAGAGAAAAAGCACUAAAGAGAGCAGCAUUGACAGAAGAUGAUGUUCAGCAAAAAAUCAAUGCAAGAAAUUCAGCAAGGGAAAAUAAAGAAUAUGAGAAUUCGGAUGCUAUAAGAAAAGAAUUAGCUGCUUUGGGAAUUGCACUCAUGGAUAGCCCUGAUGGAACUGUUUGGAGACCAACCGUGCCCCUCGCACUGCAAGAAUAACAGUGUCUCUACCUGUACUGCAUGUAUCACAUUUUUGUUUCGGAAUGACCACUUUAGGGAGCUUUAAGAUGUUGGAUGAGUAAUACUGUCGAGGUUAUUUAUUUGGUAUAAUGCAAAGUCCAAGGAGUAUAAGUUUAGUGCUCCUAAACAAGCUGUAAUUUCAGAAAUGUAAAGAUAUCUUUUGACUCGGAAAUUUAAUACCAAAAACAUUCUGGAACGCAUUUA